AUGAGCACCUACCGUAGAUCAAGGGAAGACAGUGUUUCAGCCGCACCUAACACCAAUUUUGACAUCAGACGACACUCAUCUGCCGAUGAGGACAUGCCGGAUGAUGGUGGCGAGUGGAACGGUUUGCAAAGGCUUGUCUGUUCACCAAGUGCUCCAACAACGCCUCGCAAAAGGAAGAUUCAUUUUAUCGAGCCCGCGCCUGAGCAUCUUACUCCACGACGGUCCAACACUGCGCCUCCAGGCUUUCGUAUCCCAUCCACAACCACCUUGGAUCGCGAGUCAACCAAGUCAGAAGAGCGAGAUGCCGAAGAGGUACAGCCUGAUCUGAUCUCAUUCGAGGAUUUCGAAGAUGUACCACGCGAAGCAACGCAGAAUCUGGAUGAGAUUUCUCUCAACAGCCAUGAAAGAGACCCAGACUUCUACGACAUGGGUGGAGAAAUGGUGACCUACAGCAAUGACUCUACACCAACCGAAGAGCUUCCUCAGGUGUCCCAAGAUGAGAAUGACGACGCGGACGAUGCAAAAGAUCCCUUGUUCUCCUUCCGCCAUACAAAAUCGUAUUCAAUUUCAGGUGCCUCGUCAAUACCUCAGGAAAGACCUACUUCAACCAGGUUUUACCGCACAUCUUCGGCAUCAGGGCUCUAUUCCAAACCGGCUUACAGCCCGAUCAUCAAUGCGCACGUCGCUGGCAGUCCCAUACGUUUCGACUUUUGCACUACACCUGUAAACAAUGAUGAUAGCGAGGAACAGCUUGAGGAUAUCUCUCGAUCAUCUCGAAGCCAGGCCGCGAGUUCUGCGUCCAGUAACAGCGCGUACGCAACACCACAUGACGACAAAGUCACGGCCACUGCGACUGAAAGGUCGGCUCCAUCAAGCGGUGCAUCGAGCUCGAGUGUCAAUACGAGAAGUGCAACAGGAUCCAGAAGCGAGAUUGCCUUGGAAGCAGUCAAAAGGAAGCUCUCCACCAUGUCCCGCGCGAGGAAAGCUGGCUCAAAGCGUAGCGAGAGGCGAAGUCCUGAACCUUCGUCCAGCCCCGAUGAGGUCUCAGCUGUCCCUUUGAGCACCCGUGCAACAAGUGAUAGCCCAAGGAAGGGUCGUGGUGAAUACUCGGCCAGGCACAGUCAUUCGGGUAGCCCAACGCCUGCUACAACGCCAGGCGGGAUGCUACGAUCUGAGCCGCAAUCUUCAAUGCAGAGUGCCCGAGUAUCGCCACACCUCAAGCCAGCCUUGAAACAUGCCGGACCCAGCAUACCCACUAGCGCCAGUACUAUUAGCGAUCGAUCCAUACCCUCGCAUAAGGAUAGUCUCGAGCUUGUACGCCACCGCUUGGGUGAAGAUUGGCCCGGUGUUGAUCCGCAGCUGUCUUGUACACGGGACUCGAUUGUUCUGGCUAAACAAAGAUGGGAGAGAUAUCCCAGGUCGCACGCUGUUGUUGACGAACAAAGUGGACAGAUCAAGUAUGCAGGACUCAGCACCAUCAUGGACGCCAGCCCCCCAGACCACAAAACAUACUUGGCUGCUAGACGUGAACAGCUGGCAAAGCAGAAAGAAUUGGAGUGGCAGCGUGAAAUUGGUGGACACCCAGAGAAUGACAAUGACUGUCCUAUCUGCGAGGUAGAGAGGCCUCGAACCAAAAGAUUGGCGAGCUUGCGAGCAGGUUGA